UUCAAUACACAUCUCUAGCACCGAGUAGCCUUCUACGGGUGCUGAAAAAAUUGUUAAAUAUUAAAUUGAAUUAUUAAUUAAAUAUGACGGAGCUGUUAAUAGAUCCGGAUAUACGCGUUUGGGUGUUUUUGCCCAUCGUGCUCAUCACAUUUUUAGUUGGUAUUGUGCGACAUUACGUGUCCAUUCUGAUAUCCACACAGAAAAAGGCUGAGAUGACCCAAAUCAUGGACAGUCAAGCCAUGAUCCGCGCUCGAUUGCUGCGCGAGAAUGGUAAAUAUCUAAGUGCCCAGUCGUUCUCCAUGAGGAAGAACUUCUUCAACAACGAGGAAACGGGCUAUUUUAAGACACAAAAACGGGCGCCGGUUGCGCAAAACUCUUCAGCCAUGCUGACAGACAUGGUUAAGGGCAACUUUAUUAAUGUGCUGCCCAUGGUCGUUAUUGGUGGCUGGAUCAACUGGAUGUUCUCUGGAUUUGUGACCACCAAAGUUCCCUUCCCCCUAACACUGCGCUUCAAGCCCAUGCUGCAGCGCGGCGUGGAGCUGGCUUCACUGGAUGCUGCCUGGGUGUCAUCGGCUUCAUGGUAUUUCCUGAACGUCUUUGGCCUGCGCUCCAUUUACACCCUUGUGCUGGGUGAGAACAACCAUGCGGAUCAGACACAAGCUCAGGCCGAUGCAAUGACCGGCGCAGCCAUGACAAUGCCCCAAGAUCCCAAGGCGGCAUUCAAGGCCGAAUGGGAGGCACUGGAGAUCACAGAAUAUCACAAUGCUCUUAAGAACAUCGAUGCGGACAUGAUGAGCAUCGCCAACGAAGCCAGCGCAUCCUAGCUGCGUCCAAAGAAACGCAAACGGAAACAGAUAGCCGAUAAGCGUGCGUUUUGUAAGGUUACCUAUUAGCAAAAUUUAGACGACGUAUUUUAACAAAAAAAACCAAAUUUGUUUUGAGUCGAGUCUUGCAAUAAAUAAACUAUUAUGUCUACGUA